CCCACCCCGCCGCCGGCGGCGACCAGUACGCCAGUGUCCCUCCCGGCGGCGGUGACGCUGGCGGCUCCCGCGGAGGCGACGGCGACCACAGUGGCGAUGGAGACAGCGCCGUCAGCGCCGAUCUCGGCGCCGGCGGCAGCUCCGAUCUCCGCGCCGACCCUGGCGCCGGCGGCUUCCACGGCUGUGCUGUCAGGCUCGGCACCGUCGUCCAUCCCGCUGCCGCUGCAGCUGCCCGUCUCGGUCUGCAUCCCGGUCUCGUCGUUCUCGAUGACACCGGUCUCAGUUUCUAUGUCAGUGGCCCUGCCGCUGGUACAGGGAGCCGUCACUAGUGUGCAGCACCCGAGCGCUGCCCGCAGCGCGCCCGGCCGGGUGGCAGCGUCGCGCGCGGCCGCCCCGCCGCCGGUGCGGACCUCGGUCACCGCCACACCGACCACCGUCAUGGCGACCCCGCGCGCACCGUCCGCGACGCGGCCUUCACCGGCCUGCCAGCCGCGACGCGCCACGCCGCCGACUCUGGCUCCGGCGCCUCCGCCGCAGCAGUACCAGGUGCUGGGCCAGCCGGAGCUGCCGCUGGUGCAGUCUCUGCCGGCCGGACAGAUCAUCCUGCCGUCCGGCCAGGUGAUCCUCACGCAGCCCAUCCAGCCGAUGCUGCAGUACGUGAACGCGUUCCCGAUGCAGAGUCCGGUGCUGCUGCCCGGCGGCGGCCUGCUGCAGACGGUGGAGGAGCCGCGACCCGUGGCGCCGCCGCCGCCGCCGCCCACCUCUGGCCGCCGGCGGCGACGGAAGCCGCAGGAGCGCUCCGCCACGGUGGCCAGCAUGCUGCGCGGCGCCGCGCCGCCGGCCGCCGCCGCGCCCGGCGUCAUGAACGGUCUCCCGACUUUUGUGGUGGGCGCGGCCGGGAAGCCGCUGGUGCUGAGCUCCGGUCAGCCGGGUGUGAACUUCCUUCAGCCCCUCCUGCUGCCCGGCGCCGGCGGUCAGGUGUUCAUCCAGAACAUGUCGAUGGGCGCGCCGCUGCUCUCUGCCGGCUCUGUGUUCCCGGUGAGCGCUGCGCCGCAGGUGGCCGGCGGCCAGCUCCUGCAGGUGGUCUCAGUGCUCGGUGACGCGGCGACUACGGCGGCCCCGGCGGCAGCGGCCGCUCCGCUGGUGGCUGCGCCGCCGGCCGUGGUCCAGACUCCGGCCGACUCGAGCACGCCGGACGGCGCCGGCGGCUGGCAGGGACGCGUCUCACCGCCGCAGGAGGCCGGCCUGGUCAGCUCCACCGUGGAACCGGCCGACUCCGACACAGAACCCGAGGAGACGGGCCGCGCGACGCUGAAGAGGAAGCGGCCUCAUCCAGACGAGCCGGCACAGACGCCGGGGUUCGCUGUCGGAGACCUGGUGUGGGGCUCCAACCAGGGACUGGACUCGUGGCCCGGCCAGGUCAUCCAGCGCACUGAUGUGCAGCCGUGUCCCGCCGGCCACGUGUGGGUUCGCUGGUUCGGCGACCACACCAUGAGUCUGCAAACGGUGGCGUCGCUGCGCAAGUUUCACACCCACAACACGGCCAAACACAAAAAGUCACACGCGCUGAACGGCAGCUUCGAGGAGGCGCUCCAGGAGGCGCUGACGGCCGUCAACCGACAGCGCAACUAGAAGUUGGCGAUCCCGUCAACAGAUGGCAGCUAAUGCAGUGACCCAAGCCGUACAAACCCGAGUCGACCGGCCACGGGACUCUCUAGUCGAAACAUGGGAUCUGAUUAUGAUCAGAGCGCCUGAUGGCCGAUGUUGUUUUCCAUACUCUUUAAGAGUUUAUUAUUUGACACAGCGUCCUCAUGGCGCUUGAACACUGUAUCGUAUUCGGCCUGAAUAGGUGCUCGCGACCGCUCCUCUUCUGCGCGCUAUCGAACGUUAUGCGAGGCGCCCGGUGGAGGGCGACACGUGACCUCUUCCUUUUAGUGCUUUCAGCUGUUUUAUUUGGUAGCCGUUUGAUGGUGAUAUGUUGGUGCUGGCGUGCAGCGGCGCCCGAGACAGCCGCCGGCCAGUCAGCCCGAGUACAACGGUGUAGCCUGUGUUAGCCGGCGCGUCGCCCGCCCGCCGGCCGGCCGGCCCCAGUCUUGUUGUCGCCUGGAGGUGUUUAAUGUCGGGAGCCAGCUCUCCUGUCAGUUCCACUCAAAGUGGCCUUAUCAUGUUGUUAAAGGUCUAUAGGUGUGAGAGGCGCGGCGCGCGUGGCCCCUGUCCGGGGGCGCUGUAUGGUUGUGGGGCGUGUUGGCCGGGCUGCUCCCCUCCCCCUCCCAAUACCCGCUCGGUCCGCCAGUCUCGCCGGCGGACCUUCACCAGUGUUCGGAAUAACAUGCUAAAUCGAUCGGAGAGCCGGCCCCGAGUCGGCUGGCGUCGCUUCGCACUAAUUCUGUGUUGAACGUCCAACAAAUAGUAUUAUGUAUGUGUAGUCAUUGUUGGAAUGCGUGCGUGUGUGUGCGCAUGGCGUUGUGUGGUGGGAGGGUGACGAUUCAAGUGUUACGGAGCCGAUACUCGCUAGUAGCAGUAAUAUAUCGCCCAUUCAAA